UCUCCAUGCCCACAACUCUUAGAAUAUCAAUCUCUCUCCUCUCUGUCUCUCUCUCUCUCUCUGCUAAAAACACUUGUUCUGGUUUGCCAGCUUAAAUCUUUAGUCAACCAAGAAAAUUACGCACUACCACUGCUACUAAUACUACCCCAUUACACAAUCUCAAGAACCCAGUUUUGCUUUUCAUUUCAAAAAGUUGGCCUACUUUUUCCAUUCAGAUUCACUCAAGCUGUCCUUCCAUGGCGGCUCCGACCACUAAAAUCACCACUCCUCUAAACCUCCUCUUAACGUUAUUCCUCAUUUCUCUGUCACUGGCGCCGCCGGCCGCCGCAAAAACCAGCCGCCUCCGCCACUGGAGGCUGGAGGCUCACACCCACCUCAAGAAACUCAAUAAACCACCUGUUAAAUCCAUCAAGAGCCCAGAUGGAGAUAUAAUCGACUGUGUUCAUAUGGCUCAUCAGCCAGCUUUUGAUCAUCCUCUGCUCAGAAACCACACAAUUCAGAUGAGGCCAAAUUUUCACCCAGAAGGGAUUUUCAAAGACAACAAGGUGUCUUCAAACCCUUCAGAAUCAAAGCCCAUUACUCAAUUAUGGCACUUGAAAGGAAGAUGCCCAGAAGGAACAAUUCCCAUUAGAAGAACAAAAAAAGCUGACAUUUUAAGAGCAAGCUCCAUAAAAAGCUAUGGCAAGAAGAAGCCUCAGGCCACUGUGAAACCCACAUCCAUUGAUAUUGAUCUCAAUGGCCAAACUGGACAUCAGCAUGCAAUUAUAUACGUUGAAGGAGGAAAAUACUAUGGAGCUAAGGCAACUAUAAACGUUUGGUCCCCAAAAAUCCAACAGACAAACGAAUUUAGCCUCUCUCAGAUCUGGAUUCUUGGAGGAACUUUUGGGGAAGAUCUCAAUAGCAUUGAAGCUGGCUGGCAGGUCAGCCCUGAUUUGUAUGGAGACAAUAACACUCGACUUUUCACUUACUGGACUUCAACAAUCAAAUAGCCAUGGGUGCCAGUAUCUAUCCCAUUUCUUCUUAUAGAAGUUCUCAAUAUGACAUUAGCUUGCUCAUUUGGAAGGACCCGAAAGAAGGGAACUGGUGGAUGCAAUUCGGAAACAGCCACGUGUUGGGAUAUUGGCCGGCGUUCUUGUUCUCUUAUCUGACCGACAGCGCCUCCAUGAUCGAAUGGGGCGGAGAAGUCGUCAACUCCGAAUCCGACGGCCAGCACACCUCCACGCAGAUGGGCAGCGGCCACUUCCCGGAGGAAGGCUUCGGCAAGGCCGGCUACUUCCGCAACAUUCAGGUGGUGGACGGAUCGAACAACCUCCAGGCACCGGAGGAUAUCGGAACGUUCACAGAGCAACCCAGCUGCUACGACGUUCAGAAUGGCAAGUCCGGCGAGUGGGGCAAUUACUUCUUCUACGGCGGCCCGGGCAGAAACCCCAACUGCCCGUGAUUUUAUUCUCUCUCUCUCUAUAUAUUUUUAUAUAUGCAUUUCUUGUGCAUUAUUAUAAUUUUAGUGGGUAAUCUAUUGAGAUGUUUAACUGGUGAUUCAAGUUCUCUCUCUCUCUCUACAUCAAAUGUGGAAGACAGAGAGAGGUUGAUUUGUUUUGUUUCAAAAUCUUAGAAGAAGAAAAAAACCAACAAAAACAAAGAGGCUGAUGAUUUGUUAUCUCUUUGGAAAUGUGUAUAAGGUGUGUUUUCCUUCUUUAGCUUAUUUGAU